GCACGCCAGGCUCCCGGCACCCGCACGCCAGGCUCUAGGCACCAGUCCGCUUAUUCGCUCCGCACGCCCGUCCGCGCCCGCCAUGGCCUCCAUCCAGCAGCUGGUCGGAAGAUGGCGCUUAGUGGAGAGCAAAGGCUUUGACGAGUACAUGAAGGAAGUAGGAGUGGGAAUGGCCCUACGAAAAAUGGGUGCAAUGGCCAAACCAGAUUGUAUCAUCACUUUUGAUGGCAAAGACCUCACCAUCAAAACGGAGAGCACUUUGAAAACCACACAGUUUUCCUGUAACCUGGGACAGAAGUUUGAAGAGACUACAGCUGAUGGCAGAAAAACUCAGACUGUCUGCGACUUUACCAAUGGAGAAUUGGUUCAACAUCAAGAAUGGGACGGGAAGGAGAGCACAAUCACAAGAAAAGUGGAAAAUGGGAAAUUAGUGGUGGUAUGCGUCAUGAACAAUGUCACCUGCACUCGGGUCUAUGAAAAAGUAGAGUGAAAAUUCCCUCAUCAUUUGGGAUAGGAAUUAGUUGUGAGGAUGAACAAGCUCAGUUCAAUGAGCAAAUCUCCAUACUGCUUUUUUUCAUUACUAUAUUCAAUUAUCUUUAUCAAAAACAUUUUACUUUAACUAUUUCAAAGUGUUGGCUUAAUAGGAUCAUCGCUUUGGUUAGUAAAUAAAUCAGUUUGUGCU